CGGCAUCACUGGAACCACCUCGACGACGUGCGUGGCUUCCGAAUCGCUGGCACACCAUGUCUAUUCCCACCACGGUCGAGCCUCGACGACGCACGCUGAAUCAGCCGAAUACCGAAGAGUGGGGAUAGUGGAGACUCUGAACGCAGGCACAGAACACAUGAGAAAAAAAAUUGUGUUGUGAAGAAGAUGGCUUAGGACAGCUGCAUGAAUAACUGUUAUAAAAAAAGCAACUGUUAUAAAAAAAGAACUUACAAUUAAGUGUGUCAAUAAGAUUAAAGAACUAUUAUAAGCAAUCUAUUGUGAUGCAAUACAUUUUUAUUCAGUUUUCUUCGAUGUAACUAUAUACAUUUUUAGUAUAUGCAUUUCAAGAU